AUGAGACCAAUCAACCUUCGCCUUUUUGGCCUGCCGAAAUGGCAGCGGCAUUUUGAAACAGUACUUGGGACAACGAAGCACGAAGUACGCCGUCACAAUCAAAGACGAUGGUACGCCACCCCCGUUACUGUCACGGACGAACCCAAGCAUGACGGUAGAGAGAAGGUGGUGAUAUUGGGCAGCGGAUGGGCAGGCUACGUCCUGUCACAACGUCUCGACACCAAGAAAUUCAGAGUGGUGGUCAUCUCGCCGCGCUCAUACUUUGUAUUUACACCCCUUCUCAAUGAUGCUUCUGUCGGGACACUCGAGAUUCGUAAUGUCAUGGAGGCAGUCAGGCGGAGGAACAGUCCUGUGGAAUCCCUCCAGGGCUGGGCCGACGACGUCGACUUCGCCAAUAAAACUGUAUCCGUCGAGCCGUCGGUCCUAGACCCGAACGUCGGCCAUGCCUUGACCGGGCCACGAGCACCCAACGAGCAACAGACGACUGUAGGCUUCUUCAAAGAAACCCCGGCGGACGUACAGCUCGGCGGGACGGGAGAGACCAAAGUCCCCACGUUCCCAGUCAGUUACGACAAAUUGAUUAUCGCGGUCGGCACGUACAGUCAGACCUUCGGCACCAAAGGUGUGCGAGAGAACGCCAUGUUCCAGAAAGAUGUUGGCGAUGCCACGGCUGUACGCCGGAGGAUUCUGGCGUUAUUCGAACUUGCGAGAUUUCCAUUCAUAUCUGAAGAAACGAAGAGGUAUCUGCUGCAUUUUGCGAUCGUGGGUGGUGGGCCUACAGGAAUGGAGUUCGCUGCCUGUCUGUCGGAUCUCAUAAGGCAGGAUAUCUCGAGGAUUCACCCGCAACUGAUGAAGUACAUCCGCAUCACUCUGUAUGAUGUUGCGCCAAAAGUGCUGCCGAUGUUCGACGCGACGUUGGCCGACUAUGCUGUCAAGCAGUACAAAAGGCAGAACAUCGAGAUCAAAACGUCACAUCAUGUCGAGGAGUUGAGAAAGGGGUUCCCCAAUGACGAGGAUGCACGCGCGAAUCAGGACAAGCAACCUUCCGGACGAGUCUACACGCUUCGCACCAAGGAAGAGGGCGACGUAGGCAUCGGAAUGUGUGUAUGGAGUACAGGUAACAUGAACAAUCCAUUUGUCCAACGCGCUCUCGAUCACGUCCGUCGCCAUCCAGCAGACAGUGCUGUUAUCACGGAAGGCGAGGCUGAGAUCAAAGACCCUACAGAUCGGAAGUGGAUGAUCCAGCGAGACCCCAAGAGCGGCGUUAUUCUCGUUGAUGACCAUUUCCGGGUCAAUCUGGAUGCCCAUGGCGCAGACGUUGGUGAUAUUGCAGCAAAGGCAUACAUGAAGGAUGUCUUCGCGCUGGGUGACACGACGAAAUUGAAGUCCGGUGCACUUCCAGCGACGGCACAAGUGGCUAACCAGCAGGCGCUUUGGCUCGCAAAGACUCUCAACAAGCACCCCGACCCAGAGUCGUUUGGUAAAGUGCAUGGAUUCACGUUCAGAAAUCUGGGCGUGUUGACGUACGUCGGAGGUGCGAAAGCGGUUUUGCAGGGACCUAACACAGAUCGCGAGGGGAUGGCGAAGGGACUGAAAGGCUGGAUCGCGUUUCUAAUAUGGCGUGGUGCGUAUCUUACUAUGACGUUGAGUUGGAGGAAUAAGUUCCUUGUGCCGAUACAGUGGCUGGCGGUGCGAGUCUUUGGACGGGACAUUUCGAGAUUCUGA